CCUAUCCUUUUUAUCUCGGGUUUCCGACCAGUCGGAGCAGUAUGGAGCUGUGAGCCUGCACACCACGAUGCAUCCGAUGCCCCGUUAGACUGAGCUGUAGCGCCUGUUUGUUUUUAUUGUAGUUUAGCUGCAUAGCGGGUUAUUAGCGUGCAGGAGAAAAAAUGAGUCGACAUUUUACUGCAGCUUUUUGUUUGGCUUUAGUUUUUCUUCCUCUGCUGAGCAAUUCAUGUCCUGCACAAUGCAGCUGCUUCUUCCAUAAAUUGAGCGAUGGAUCAAAAGCAAGGAGUGUACUUUGCAAUGACCCAGAGAUCACUCUGAUUCCUCCAAAUUUCCCCACUGACACAUCAAAGCUGCGCAUUGAAAAGACAGCUAUCACACGGAUUUCAACCGACAACUUCCACUACCUUAACAAUCUGGAGUUUCUGUGGAUGUCUUUCAAUUCACUGAAUUCGCUGAAUGUCGACAGUUUCCGGGGUCUUUACAACCUGGAUGAGCUGAGGCUGGACGGAAACGCCCUCACCUCCUUCCCCUGGGAGUCUCUGACUGAUAUGCCAAACCUGAGGCUCCUCGACUUACACAACAACAAGAUCUCCACCAUCCCUGCCGAUGCCACCAUGUACAUAAAGAAUAUCACCUAUCUGGACUUAUCCAGCAACAGUCUGACAACCGUUCCUGCUGACGCUCUCACAAUGUGGCUGAGUGUGAAGCCAUCCCAGGAUACUGAUUCCUCCAAACUAAUUCUCGGUCUCCAUGACAACCCGUGGCUGUGUGACUGCCGGCUGCACGAUCUGGUCGAGUUUCAGAAGUCCCCAUCAUCCUCUGUGGCUCUCAUCGACACCAGGCUGAGGUGCGCUGAUCCGGAGAGCUUGUCAGGGGUUCUUUUCACUGAAGCGGAGCUGCAGAGGUGCCAGGGCCCUCGGGUGCACACAGCUGUGGCUCGUGUACGAAGCUCACUGGGCAACAACGUCCUGCUACGCUGUGGAACAGUGGGAGUCCCCAUCCCAGAGUUGUCCUGGAGCCGCGUUGAUGGCAAGAAAAUGAACGGCACCGUUCAGGAAGAGAUUUCAAAGGAGGGCAUCAUUUGGUCGAUUCUGAGCGUGCCUGCAGUCUCCUACCGAGAUUCUGGGAAAUACGUGUGCAAAGCAACCAACUUCGUGGGCACUGCAGAUGCCAUCAUCUCUUUGGUGAUCACAGAUUCCUUUCGGUCAGAGGAAGCAGGCGGUGGUGUUUCUAAGAGAACCAGAGGAAAGAAAACUGGUGGCAUUGGAAGAGCGGCAUACCAGGAGAAACUUAUUGCCAGAUAUGUUCCUCCACCAACCACCACAGCAGCCCAGCCCAUCAUUGAACCUGUCAAUGGCAAAGGUGUGACUGGAAAGUAUGAGAUUGAGAGCUACAGCAUCUCUGACGAUGCUUCUCAGGGACAAGACAAGGCGACAGACCCUCAGAGGACGGAGGAGUUGCAGCGGGAUGCUCUGAGCAACUUAGCCGCCAAUGCCUCAUCCUUACAGCAAGCUCCAGAGAAAAGGGUGGUGCGUUCGGUGAAAGUGAUCGGUGACACUGAUCAUACUGUCUCUCUGAACUGGCGAGCCCCUACAGCCAAAAACACCACAGAAUUCAGUGUCCUGUAUGCUGUAUUUGGUGAAAGAGACAUGCGUCGGAUCAAUGUAGGUGCUGGAAGGAACCGGAUCACCAUUGAUGGCCUUGUGCCAAAGACAAAGUACAUUGCUUGUGUUUGCGUCAAAGGCCUGAUCCCGAAAAAGGAGCAGUGUGUAAUCUUCUCAACAGAUGAAGCAGCCAGUGCUAGUGGCACUCAGAAGCUCAUUAAUGUGGUGGUAAUAACAGUGGCUUGCGUGAUUGCUGUCCCCCUGACACUGAUAGUGUGCUGCGGGGCGCUAAAGAAGCGCUGCCAAAAGCUGCUGGGACGGCAGUCCAAGGAAAUGCAGGACUCGUAUGUCACGUUUGAAACCCUUGGUCCUGCGGCCAAAGCUAAAGGGAUGGAGGGCGAGUAUCUGACCAGGCUGAAUCCUGACGAAUCCAACAGGCUCCUGUCAGCGAGGUCUAGUGUGGACUCAGAGGCCACAGCCAGGACUGAGGGGCCACCUAACGAGUACUUCUGCUAAAACCAAUUAUGCCCCAACCUGCAGAGGAUGCACUUUGUUUCUAUGUGAAUACUGUAGAUAAACCACUGUGCUCAGAGACUCAAAUGAUCCUCUUUUGGCGGUCUUCAGAGAACACUGGUAGCUCUGGCAGCAUUUGAUGUAUGACAUUGUUUUACAGCCUUGUGGGAAUAAAAACCACCAUUCAUUUGGUGGACAGCAAAAAAGGGAAAAUAUACACAGUGACAUGGUUUAAAUAUUUACAUUUGGUGUAAAUGUGUAAAAAUAACUUUUUUAAAUUUAAUUCAUCAUGCACUUUUAAAGGUUAUGUUUUGCAGAGGAAAAUGUCUUCAAAUGUUGCCCUAAACUGUAUAAAACCCUGACAAUUUUAUUUCCCCCAAGAUUUAACCUCUGCAUUGUGUUAAAAUCUUUAUUUAAAGUAUUUAGAUCAACCAGCAGUUGUUAGUGUAUUUUGCAUGUCAGUAUGAUGUUAAUGUGCCAGGUUUACUGUUGGGUCGAAAACCUAAAAUACAGUACAUUUUAUAAUGUGUAAAUAUUUGUGACCUGAAAUAUAUGUGUAUGUAUGAAUGUACUGUAUUAAAAUUAAAUAUUUUUUAUGUU